AUAAACAGUCCUCCACAAGUGGAAAAACAUUUAACCCCCAUGCUUGCUACACUCUGCGUCUACUCAGUGAACAGAGGACAGAAAGAAAAUCUGACUGUGCAUGAGGGAAGUGAAACCGAGAGUGCAACACCAGCCCGAAGGCACCUCUUCAGGGGGAGCCUGAAAUUUGGAAAUUUUCUUUUCCGUCGGAGAGUCCAAACCACAUAAGUAGGAAAAAUACAACUAUUCAAGAUGACUGUCACUUACUCAAGCAAAGUAGCAAAUGCGACUUUUUUUGGAUUUCAUAGGUUACUCCUCAAGUGGAGAGGCAGCAUUUACAAACUCCUAUACAGGGAAUUUAUUGCUUUUGCUGUUCUUUACACAGCAAUAAGUUUGGUGUACAGAUUGUUACUUACAGGAGCCCAAAAACGUUACUUUGAAAAAUUAUCAAUUUACUGUGACAGAUAUGCUGAACAAAUUCCAGUAACCUUUGUGCUGGGGUUUUAUGUUACUUUGGUAGUGAACCGAUGGUGGAACCAGUUUGUGAAUCUGCCCUGGCCAGACAGGUUGAUGAUCCUCAUCUCCAGCAGUGUUCACGGCAGUGACGAGUACGGGCGCUUGCUCAGAAGGACGCUUAUGCGCUAUGUCAAUCUUACAUCGCUGCUCAUCUUCCGUGCAGUGAGCACAGCUGUGUACAAAAGGUUUCCAACAAUGGAUCACGUGGUUGAAGCAGGAUUUAUGACAACAGAUGAAAGAAAAUUAUUCGACCAUCUCAAGUCUCCUCAUCUGAAAUAUUGGGUUCCGUUCAUCUGGUUUGGAAAUCUUGCAACUAAAGCCCGGAAUGAAGGUAGAAUCAGAGACAGUGUUGAUCUGCAAUCACUGAUGACUGAAAUGAACCGAUACCGCUCUUGGUGUAGCCUCUUGUUCGGUUAUGACUGGGUUGGGAUUCCGCUGGUUUACACCCAGGUUGUCACUCUUGCUGUCUACACCUUCUUCUUUGCAUGCCUGAUUGGACGCCAGUUUUUGGAUCCCACCAAAGGCUAUGCAGGCCAUGACUUAGAUCUGUACAUUCCAAUCUUUACUCUUCUCCAGUUCUUCUUCUAUGCAGGAUGGCUCAAGGUAGCUGAGCAGCUUAUCAACCCCUUUGGAGAAGAUGAUGAUGAUUUUGAAACGAAUUGGUGCAUUGAUAGAAAUUUGCAGGUCUCUCUUUUAGCUGUGGAUGAAAUGCACAUGAGCUUACCCAAGAUGAAGAAGGACAUUUACUGGGACGAUUCUGCUGCUCGACCACCAUACACACUGGCAGCUGCUGACUAUUGCAUACCAUCAUUUCUGGGGUCGACAAUCCAAAUGGGGCUGUCUGGGUCCAGCAUUCCUGGCGAGGACUGGCUGUGGGAUCUCGAGAAGCACGGCCAUCGACGUUCCAUGAUCAGAAGAGUCAAGAGGUUCCUGAGUGCCCACGAACACCCCACCAGCCCUAGGCCGAGAAGCUUCGGGAGGCAGACCAGCGACAGCUCCAUGUUAUUCCCGCCAAGCCCAGCCAUGGAUCUGCUGGAUGUGCCCCGGAGGAACACACACAGGGCCCCACUCAACCGGAAGCAGUCCCACUCUUUGGAAGGGAGCCCCAAGCUGCAUUCCAGCAUGGGAGAACUGUCCACAAUCAGGGAAACGAGCCGGACAAGCACUUUACAGAGCCUGACCCCGCAGUCCAGUGUGAAGGCUUCCCCCACCAAAAUGCCACAGGUUCCCGAGGUAUUGAUAACUGCGGCUGAAGCCGUACCCAACUCAGGUGGCCACCACCAUGAUUCCACUACUUCCCUCUUGAACUUUGAGUUUACUGGGGUACAGCCAAGCAGUACUGGGCAGCACAAUGACCCUGUGGGCUUGAUCCUGCCCCCGUCAGAGAACGGUACACCUAGGGGCCUUAGUUCCCAGACUGAUCGGGACAAAGCUGAGGGAAAUCUAUUCAAGUUUGCUUUUGAGGAAGACCCUGAUGAUAAUGACAAGUUCCUAAAAAGGUGGAGCCUCCCAGGUUUCCUGGAGUCCAGCCACACCUCUCUGGCUGGUCUUGAUCCCAUGAGACCUGAAUCUGGUCUUUUACUCAAUACAGAAACGUCUUCAGAGAGCAGUGGGAUCAACGUUGUGGCCAGCCCUCAAGACUCUCCUGAUAUGCUGUACUUAAUGGAAAACCUGGACACAAAGGAAACAGAUAUUAUAGAUGUUCAUAAUGAGCAAACUGAAGAAUCACCCAAUGGAAGGCCAGCAUGUUCUAGACCUUUGUCCUAG